UGUCACACCUUUGAUGCCCGGGCAGAUGGAUAUGCACGAGGUGAGGGCGGUAGUUUUUUCCUACUCGGCAGUAAUUUUGAGGAGACUCGAGCCCAAGUGCUGGGAUGUGCGGUCCGUUCAGAUGGGGCAAGUGCGAGCUUCACUGUUCGCAAGUCUGUGUCAAGUAAAUGGAAUGAUAUAAUUAGCCCUUGUAAUUGUAGGCACCAAAUGGUUUGUCUCAACGCAAUCUUCUCGAGUCUGUGA